UGCCUGGGGCAGCCUCUCUGAGAAGAUGCAUUUUCUUCCUCUCGCCCUGCCGCUCCUUCUCCUCUGCUCCAGAGCUGAAGCUGGAGAGAUCAUCGGGGGCACAGAGUGCAAGCCACACUCCCGCCCGUACAUGGCCCACCUGGAAAUUGUCACUCUCCAGAAUAGACUGUUAUUUUGCGGUGGUUUCCUGAUAAGACGGAACUUUGUGCUGACGGCUGCUCACUGUGCAGGAAGGUCUAUAAUGGUCACACUUGGAGCCCAUAACAUACAAAAGAAAGAAGAUACAUGGCAGAAGCUUGAGGUCAUAAAACAAUUUCCUCACCCAAAAUAUGAUGACAGUGCCUUUCUCCAUGACAUCAUGUUACUGAAGUUGAAGGAGAAAGCUAACCUGACCCUGGCCGUGGGGACGCUCCCCCUUCCGCCCCAGUUCAACGUCAUCCUACCCGGGAGAAUGUGCCGGGUGGCUGGCUGGGGAAGAACACAAGUGAAUGAACCAGGCUCUGAUACUCUGCGAGAGGUGAAGCAGAGGCUCAUGAAUCCCCAAGCCUGCAGACACUACAGAACUUUCGACCACAACUUCCAAUUGUGUGUUGGCAAUCCCAGGAAGACAAAAUCUGCAUUUGAGGCUGCUGCACAGGGCACAUGA